AGAUGGUGCAACACGUUGUGAACGAUCACCCGAUUAGAUCAUUUAAUGGGAUCUAAAAUUAAUCCAUGCAGCUACCCCUGAAGCAGUGGAAUGGUUAUCAGAUUUGGAUAUUAAUCUACAAGUGUUGUAAUUCUAAAAUGUCAUAUGAAAGAAAAACAUUGGGACAGUGGUGAAUGGGCUGGCCAGCUAGUAGGUCACUUACUCUCUGGAAGUGUCACCCUUGACUGGGGAACUGAGACCUAGAACGGAGCUAAAUCCCUAAUCUAUCGCUUUCCAGUUGAAUAUUGUUGGAAGAGCGCUGUAAAUCACUCCUUUCAUAUCUUUAAAAAAAUCUUGCGCUUUUGGACAUGAAUGUCUCUCUCUCCAAUCCUACCAACAGGGAUCAUGUCCAGGCAUAUUUGUAUUGACUGCCUCAUCUAAAUUUUUUAGCGGCAGCAUUGAUUUAUUAGUAGGCCAACUUUCACCCAACCUGAGAAGGUUGUAAGAGGAAAUGCCACUGCUGCUGAGGCUGCUCUUGGGGUGGGGUGAUGGCUUACAUGGGAUGGUUACAAGGUUCUGUCCCUUUAAAACUGGUUUAGUAGGAACCUGUUCAGUGGUUUGCUACUUUUGAAAUAAGAGGAGACUUGAGUGUUAGGCUCUUUCUGGAGACUGACAAGAGACUGGCUAGAGCUGUCAGCAGGAUGGGUUUUGGAGCACUGGGGAAACUUCUGUGAGGCCUGCCAGCUUGUUUUGCAGGUGCAGCUGCCACAGUGAGUCUGACGUGAGAUCAGGCUAUUAGGGUGACCCUGAAGUUUUUCCCUGGCUCCUUUCUGUAAGUGAUCCUGGCCUGUUCCUUCCAGCUGUACAGUAACAGGUUUCUUCAGCAGCCUGAUUUCUCCCCUCCUCCCUUCCCCAUCCUGGAUCAUCCUGUGGUAAACGUCCAUGAUGUGUCAACCCUUGUCUGGGACAUGGGGAUGCUACUGUUUGAUGGCCUGUGGGCCAGGCCAGUGCAGAGACCCUUGCUCACUGGAACUACAGGGAGAAGGAGGAGAGGUGAUGCAGGAGGGAGCCUGACUUCCAGCACAGAGUUAGGGACAUCCUCAGGACAUACCCUGCCAACACAGCCCUGCCCCCUUCCCUUCCCUUCCCUUCCCACCCCAGCCCUUGCUAGACACCUCGCGCAGGCGCGCGAAAGUGACGGGCCGCCGCCGGGUCCCCUCACCGAGACUGGACAACUACAUUUCCCAAUAUGCCGUGUCGCAAGGCCGUGCUGCAGCGCAUGCUGGGAGCUGCAGUCGCCCCAGGCCGGCUGCCUCACUUCCUCUCUCCCUCCUACACAUCUUCACCGCGCAGGCGCCGAGGCUGCUUCUGUUUGUCCGGCUCCCGGCCGGGCUGCGGCGGUUGGUGUCGAGCUGGCGGGAUUGUUUUAAAGAAUGUGGAGGAAUGGUCCCUGAAACUUUUUUGAGUUCCUUACCUUUUUCUUUUGGCCAUGAUCAAAUGUUUGGAGGAAGACGUGAGAGCCAGGUUACGCUCUGGAGUGGCCAUCAAGUCUCUGGGCCAGUGUGUUGAGGAGCUUGUCUUCAACAGCAUUGAUGCUGAAGCAACAUGUGUGGCCAUCAGGGUGGAUCUGGACACCUUUAGGAUCCAAGUGGUGGACAAUGGCUCUGGGAUAGGGCGAGAGGACCUAAAUAAAGUGGGGAAUCGCUAUUUUACCAGUAAAUGCAGCUCAGUGGAGGAUUUAGAGAACCUGAAAUUUUAUGGCUUCCGAGGAGAAGCUUUGUCAAGUAUAGCAAAUAUGGCCAGCAUAGUGGAAAUUUCAUCUAAGACCAACAAGACAGUUAAAACCUUCACAAAACUGUUUCAAAAUGGGAAACCAAUGGAAGUCUGUGAAGCUGAACUGACUAGACCAAGUGGUGGAACAACAGUAACUGUGUGUAAUCUCUUCUACCAGUUACCAGUGAGGAAGAAGUGCAUGGAUCCAGUCCUGGAAUUUGAAAGAGUAAGGCAGAAGGUAGAAGCUCUUGCACUCAUGCAUCCUUCUGUCUCUCUUUCCUUAAGAAACAAUGCUUCCUGCUCUAUGGUGCUUCAGCUUUCCAAAGCAAAAGACAUUUGUUCUCGCUUUUGUCAAAUUUAUGGACUGAGUAGAUCACAGAAGUUACGUGAAAUAAAUCAUAAGUGUGGAGGAUUUGAGUUGAGUGGCUAUAUUAGUUCAGAAGGGCAUUACAAUAAAAAUCUGCAAUUUUUGUACGUGAAUAAUAGACUGGUUUUAAAAACAAGAUUACAUAAACUCAUUGAUUUUUUAUUAAGGAAAGAAAGCGUUAUUUGCAAGACAAAAUCUAGCUUUGCUGGUAAACAGAUGAGUUCAAGUCCUGCACGACAUCGGUGUGGUCCAGAGCUCUACGGUAUAUUUGUUGUCAAUGUGCAGUGUCAAUACUGUGAGUAUGACGUGUGUCUGGAGCCUGCAAAAACGCUGAUUGAAUUCCGCAACUGGAACGGUCUUCUAGCUUGUGUUGAGGAAGGGGUGAAAGCAUUUUUAAAACGAGAACACUUAUUUAUUGAACCGUCUAGUGAAGACAUCAAAGAAUUUAAUGAAAAUAAUGACUUUUGUUUGUAUAGUGCCACAAUAAAACCUAUGCUAAUUGAAGAGACAAGUAUGAAGGACAAUUUUAAGAAAGCAUGUGAUGAUAUUGUGGAUUCCUAUGAAAUAUUUAAUUUGCAAUCCAAAGACAUCAAAAGAAAAGCAACUACUGGAAAAAAAUCUUCAGAUCCCAGAUAUUCAAAUGACAAAGCUGAGGAAAUAGAAGUUUCCUCAGAUCUAACCAUUGCUGAACCAGCUAACACAUUUAAGAAUAGUAAAACUAAGAGUCCUUCAUUCAACAAAGAUGACACUACUACUGAAAUCCCAGAGCAAGAUCCAGAAGAAUGUAAUAGUUUCCAAAUGGCAUCUGGUCACAAAUCUUUAGAAAAUUUCUGUGGAGAGGCCAGAUCAGAAAUAAUAGAAAUAGACAAUUGUGAUGAAAGGCCAUGUUGUACUGAAAAUUAUGUACAAGUUGCAAGAAGCCAUCAUGACAAAGUGGCUCUAAAAAGCAACACCACUAUUGCUUUCAGAAAUGAUGUCACUCAAGGGCAGCAGAAGGGAAUAAAAGUUUCUACUGAAAUAGCUGAAGGGCCAGAAAUCCUUGUUGGAAGGGCAUCCAUGGGAAUAUGUGCUACAACAAAAGAAAACCGUGGAACUACUACAAGAACAUAUACCUCUGGUGGACAAAAUGUAAUUAGCUCAGGACUGUUAAAGUUGUGUUCCACAGGGCUUAUAACUCAUGUCGUACAAAAUCAGUCACCACCUGAACAAACUGAAAUGAACUGUUCAUUAAGCAUGCCUUUUAGGCCUGGUCCUGUAAGUGCCAAGGAUAUAUUUGGAAACAAGACUAUUUAUUCACUUCCAUCUCUAAAUAUUCAAGAUGUUUCUAGUAGUCUAAAUAAAGACAAUCCUAUCCUAUCCAAAAGAGAAGUGUGCAAAGCAAAUGCAGAGGAGAGGUUGGAAAAUGAGACUGUAUCAAACCAGAGGAAUAAAGAAGUAGCUUUCUGUAUAGCAGGUAGUAGAAGGGAUUGUGUGAGAUCACACACUAAUGAGUUGCCUCUGAUCACUUCCUCAGGUGAUGUUACCAACUACAGAAGGCAAAUGUUUGAGCAGUCUGCUUGGUCUGUACCCCGAGCUUAUAAGAAGCUGAGUUUGUCCACAAAGGCAGGAUCAUUAGAGAGAUUUAGGAGAUGUUAUGGAAAGCCCAGGAGUGAACCAUCAAUAUCUAUUUCAGAGAAGAGGUGUGAAUUUGGGCUCCCAGUUGAGCUCAGUACUCCAAUUGAUCUUGACACUUCCAAAAAUCAGAAUAAUAAUACUGAAUGCUUUAGUAUUUGUGAAACGCCAACUGUGGAACAUGCUCAUUCUAAUAAUAGUUGCCAAUCUGGUUGCUUUCCUUCCUUGGAGAGGACUCAGUUCUGUGGCACAGGCUUUUUGUUAGACAGACAGACUUGUGAGAGAGAGAGUCCUUUGACACUGACCAAUUACUGUCAGAGUAGAAGAAAAGAUAAAAGCAACAGUAGAUCUCCAGGGUCCCUGGCCUCUAAACUAUCUAGAAUGAAAGGUGACCAUGAAGAAGUUUUAGCUCCAGAAGUUGGCCAGCUUGAGCAACAAUCCCAAACUGAUUUAAGCAGAAAAGAUGAUACAGGGAAACUUGUGUCUCAAAGUGAAAGUGAUAAUUUAUUGCAAAGUUCUUAUGAAACGUGUCAGAAUUCCUCACAAGAAGCAGAGGUAGGUGGGCAUGGUUGCCUCUCUUUAGCCUCUGACGAGAUGAAUAUUCCCCAGAAAAUGGAUUGUAUGAGAGCAGGGGCCAUGGAAAAUACUGUCAACCACAGCAGCGAUGAGGCUUCAUGCAGUGGCUUGGCAUUGCCUGGUAAAAAGGUUUGGUCUGAAGAUGCUUGCCAAGAUCAAAGUGUUUUAGAUGUGUUUUCAGAGCAGAAUUUGAAAGCCACUCAGCUUCCAAGUGUGACCUUACCAGAUAGCUUGGCAGUCUCUCCAGAUGAUACAAACAUGGCUAAACCUGUGAAUGAGGAUUCAUUAUCAUGUGCUUCUGACUGGUUGCAACAUUUUGAUGUUUCCUUGGGUAAGACAGUUUACAUCAACAAAACAACUGGGCUAAGUACCUACAGCACUCCUCCCUCUGAAGAAGUUCAAGCUGUUUGCACAAAAGAUAUAACUACAAUGGCUGUGAACAUUGUCUUAGAGAGUGGUAAGAACAUGGUGCUUAAUUUUUGCAAAGAAAGAAUAAUGCGAACUGCAUAAAGACUUGCAUAUGCAAACUGUUAAAUUACACUGAUUGAUUGUAGGUGGAAGGAGGUGAAGAUAAUGAUGUAUCUUCUUAAAUCUGUGAUACGCACUUAGCUCUUUAAUUUCUUCAAGUAAAUAAAUUUUGUUAUUUCAUUAUUGUUCCACAGAGAAUGGGGGCCUGAACGGUACCAAAGGAGAUUGGGUGAAAUGUGUACCAUGGGCUGGAGGUCUAGGUCACUUUCCAUCCUAAUCCUGGUAAUAGUGUAGGGUCAUAAUAUGCUGCUUAAAUCACUCUUGUAAGGAUUGGAACAGGCCAUUGGGCUAAUUCUGGUACUUCACAUAGUCUCAGUAACUUUAACUUUCCAUAAGCUUAUUCAUGGACUCUAUUUAUUUGUUUAUUUUUAUACAAAGUGUUAAUACGAGUAACAGCAAACUAAUAGUGCCAGUUUUCCUGAAUAUGGGGUAGGAAUGGGCAUUUUUGUAUUUGGUAUAUUGGGGGCUUUUCUAUGGUUCUUUCUGUCCUUUCAGAAAAAUACUUUCAAAUUGCAACCAUUCUGGAAAUAAUCCUGAUUGAUUAAAGGAGUAACAUGCUCUUAAGAA